AGAUACAUAGGCCUGGCGCUGGCCAUCACCUCCACCAUGGCGAUAGGGACGAGUUUUGUCAUUACAAAGAAGGGACUGAUGGAUGCGGAAGAACGGCAUGGUUUUGAGGGAGAUGGAUUCACAUAUCUUAAGAGCCCAAUAUGGUGGGGUGGAAUCAUAGCAUUGAUUGUCGGAGAAAUAGCCAACUUUGCCGCCUACGCGUUCGCCCCCGCGAUUUUAGUAACACCCCUUGGGGCAUUGAGUGUCCUCAUAGGUGCCGUUUUAGGAUCCUAUUUCCUGAAGGAGGAACUGGGCACACUGGGAAAGCUUGGAUGUGCGAUAUGCCUGAUCGGAUCCGUGAUAAUUGUGCUGCAUGCGCCACCGGACAAGGAAAUCAAAACCAUUGAUGAAAUUCUGCACUAUGCAAUUCAGCCGUGGUUCCUCCUCUUCUGCCUCACAGUUGCGGUAUUCGCUGUGGUCAUGAUAUAUCGAGUUGCCCCAAAGUACGGAAAAAAGAAUCCGCUGAUUUACUUGUCAAUUUGCUCAACUGUCGGAUCUGUCUCGGUCAUGUCGGUCAAGGCUUUUGGAAUCGCUGUGAAAUUGACACUGGCAGGCAACAAUCAGUUCACGCAUCCAUCAACAUAUGUGUUCAUCAUCCUAACUGCUGUCUGUAUUCUGACGCAGAUGAACUAUUUCAACAAGGCUCUGAGCCAGUUUCCCACAUCCAUAGUCAACCCCCUGUACUACGUUACUUUUACUACUGCUACUCUCUGCGCCUCAUUCAUCUUAUAUGGCGGUUUCAACACGUCCGAUGCCGUCAACACUUUAUCACUUCUCAGUGGUUUCCUGGUCAUAUUUACCGGGGUGUACCUCCUAAACAUCUCACGAUCCGAUCCAGAUGGACACAAAUUGAUCGACGGGGCCAAUAAUGAUGGAAUUGCUACGGAUAUCAUUUCGGGAACCUUGACGAGAAGAAGUAUGCAGGCUCGAAGAAGCCUAGAUCCUCAGAGGAGGAGCAUGGGUAGUAAUGGAUACCCUAGGGGCGGUGACCGAGAAGGCUUGAUGCACGCAUUCGACGAAGAAGAGAAUGUCGGAUUCGACUUAGCAGAUUUGGAGAGCGAUAAUGAAGACAAUCCGCCCAAGGAGGCGGCCAAUGGCAAGAUGAACGGGAAUGGCAACAAGAGGAGUUUCAGUGAGCCGUUAGAACAGGAACGAACGAGGAAAUCAUCGUCACGGUGACCCUGACGUGCUUGAUUUCACAUUUUGCAUUUUCCAAUAUUGUAUAUGGGUCUAUAAGCGGGUGGAAAGUUUGGGCAAUGGAUCUCAAGCACGGCUGCAGCAUGGCCUGCAUUUGGUUCUUCAUAGCAUGACUACACGAGGUUCGGCGUUCUGGCUGCUCUGUACUAUAGGGGAGAGACAUCUUGUAUGAUAUAUCUGCACACGCCUAGGUUUGCCCGGUAUUGAAGGGUCGAGACUUUGGCCGCAUCCUCAAAAUUGUCAUAGUAAAGAUAGAAUC